CUUCCACUCUAGUAUUACCGGUAGAUCGACAAAGAUUUCAGCCUCCGUUUUCGACGCCAUCAGAGCAGGCUCCACAGAUGAAGAUGCUGCGGCGGCUCAUGCUGAGCCUGAGCUUCAUCCUCCUCCUCCCUUCCUAUCUCGCCUACCCACUAUGCACCGAUGCAAGGGCGCCGGUGCUGCUCAACACCACGCUCAAGUUUUGCGCCUCCCCCAGCAGGAACAGCAGAGGCUGCUGCGACGCCACCGCUGAUGCCGCGCUCAGCAAGCAGUUCGACGCCAUGGCCAUCUCCGACGCUGCCUGCGCUGCCGUCGUCAAGUCAAUCCUCUGCGCUAAAUGCAGUCCAUAUUCCGCGGACCUGUUCGGCGCGGGGCCAAAGAUCCGGACGGUUCCUUCCCUCUGCAACUCCACGUCGUCGGCAAACUCUGCUGAGUCCAAGGAAACCACCACCACCACCACUCAGGACUACUGCAAACUCGUCUGGGAUACUUGCAAGGACGUGAGCAUCGCCAGCUCUCCCUUCCAACCCCCGCUGCAAGGCACCGCGCCGCCUCCUACUUCACCGUCGAAGCUCACCGACGCGUGGCAGUCCCAGAGCGACUUCUGCGGCUCCUUCGGCGGCCGGUCGUCUGUAUGCCUCAGCGGCGACACGGUCUCGUUCAACGCCGCCGGACCUUCACCCUCCCCAAGACCAGAACCAAGAGGGGUAUGCCUGGAGAGGAUCGACAACGGGUCCUACCUUAGCCUGGCUCCUCACCCCGACGGCUCCAGCAGGAUCUUCCUCGGCAGCCAAGCCGGGAAGAUAUGGCUGGCCACCGUCCCCGAGCAAGGGUCCGGGGGCGCGCUGCAGUUCGAGGGCGCAGGCCCAUUUGUCGACCUGACCGACCAGGUGCACUUCGACUCGGCGUUGGGGCUCAUGGGCAUGGCGUUCCACCCGGGUUUCGCGACCAACGGCCGCUUCUUCGCCUCGUACAACUGUGACCGGACCAAGUCGCCCAGCUGCACCGGGAGGUGCUCCUGCAACUCCGACGUGGGCUGCGACCCUUCCAAGCUUGGCACCGACAGCGGCGCCCAGCCGUGCCAGUACCAGGUCGUGGUGUCAGAGUACUCAGCCAGAGGCUCCGCCGCGGCGAAUGUUUCUCAGGCAACUUCUGCCGCCGAUCCAUCUGAGGUGAGGAGAAUCUUCGCGAUGGGGCUGCCUUACACGUCCGGGCAUGGAGGCCAGGUACUGUUCGGCCCUGCCGAUGGGUACCUCUACCUCAUGCUGGGCGACGGAGGGAAGGGGGACCCUUUCAACUUCGCCCAGAACAAGAAGUCGCUCCUGGGCAAGAUCGUGAGGCUUGAUGUCGACAGCACGCCUUCUUCAUCAGGAGGAGAUCUCGGCAACACGAGUCUGUGGGGCAAUUACUCCAUCCCGAAGGACAACCCUUACGCCGAUGACAGCGAGCUAGAGCCAGAGAUCUGGGCGCUGGGCCUUAGAAACCCGUGGAGGUGCAGCUUUGACUCCGAGAGGCCCUCCUACUUCUACUGUGGAGAUGUUGGGCAGGACGCGUACGAGGAGGUGGAUCUCAUCUCCAAAGGCGGGAACUAUGGAUGGCGUGCGCUGGAGGGUCCGCUCGUCUAUCACCCGCAGUGGGCGCCUGGAGGAAACACCUCGCUCAGCUCCAUUGACGCCAUUCCUCCCAUCAUGGGAUACAGCCAUUCAGAUGUCAACAAGAAUAUCGGGUCGGCGUCGAUCAUGGGAGGUUACGUGUACAGAGGGUCCGCUGAUCCCUGCCUGUAUGGAAGGUAUUUGUAUGCUGACCUGUACGCCUCGGCCAUGUGGACCGGCGCGGAGGCUCCAGAGAGCAGUGGCAACUACACCUCCGCUCUGAUCCCCUUCAGCUGCUCCAAGGAGUCUCCGAUACCAUGCGACGCCGCUGCUGGGAGCCCUCUCCCGUCGCUUGGCUACGUAUACUCGUUCGGCGAGGACAACAGCAAGGACAUGUAUGUGUUGGCCAGCAAAGGCGUCUACCGAGUUGUGAGGCCCAGCCUCUGCAGCUAUACUUGCCCGGCAGAGAGACAGGAGACAUCGCCGCCUGCUGCUCCUUCAUCCAACAAGGCGUCCAUGGCGGAGAUGGGAAUGGGAAUGCUUUUGGUGUCUGUCAUUGUGGUUUGGGUUUUGGUAACAUAGGAUCAUGCUGUGAUGAGACAUGUCAUAUGCAACGACCAGUCCUGAGGAAGAAUAAGAGUGCCAGUCAGUCAGUGAGAUUAGAAUAGAAGUGAUAGGCAGUCAGUUAGGCUGUCUCCAAUAAAUUGUGUAUAUGAUCAUGUAAAAUAUUAUUUUAUAUUAUAGACUGUAUUGUUCACAGAACGAAGUUUGAAAUACUUCUGAGAUGGGUC